CCAUAGUGCUCUGUGGUGGGGCCUCUACUUCCGGCCGACGUGUCUGUCCGGAAGAGUAGCGAGUAAGGCGACAGCGACAUGGCACCUCCAGCCCCGGGUCCGGCCCCCGGGAACUCCGGGGAGGUGGACGAGUUGUUCGACGUGAAGAACGCCUUCUACAUCGGCAGCUACCAGCAGUGUAUCAACGAGGCGCAGCGGGUGAAGCUGACCAGUGUGGAGAAGGAAGUAGAAAGAGACGUCUUCCUCUACAGAGCAUACCUGGCGCAGAGGAAGUAUGGCGUGGUGCUGGAUGAGAUCAGGCUGUCCUCCGCCCCGGAGCUCCAGGCUGUGCGCAUGCUUGCUGAGUACCUGGCCAACGAGAGCCGCAGGGAUGCCAUCGUGGCCGAGCUGGACCGGGAAAUGAGCAGGAGCGUGGACGUGGCCAACACCACCUUCCUGCUCAUGGCUGCAUCCAUCUACUUCCACGACCAGAACCUGGACGCGGCCCUGCGCACCCUGCACCAGGGCGACAGCCUGGAAUGCAUGGCCAUGACCGUGCAGACCCUGCUGAAGCUGGACCGCCUGGACCUGGCCCGGAAGGAGCUGAAGAGGAUGCAGGACCAGGACGAGGACGCCACGCUCACCCAGCUGGCUACCGCCUGGCUCACCCUGGCCGUGGGUGGCGAGAAGCUGCAGGACGCCUAUUACAUCUUCCAGGAGCUGGCGGACAAGUGCUCAGCCACGCUGCUGCUGCUCACGGGACAGGCGGCCUGCCACAUGGCCCAGGGCCGCUGGGAGGCGGCAGAGGGGGUGCUGCAGGAGGCGCUGGACAAGGACAGCAGCCACCCCGAGACGCUGGUCAACCUGGUCGUCCUGUCGCAGCACCUGGGCAAGCCCCCUGAGGUGACAAACCGCUACCUGUCACAGCUGAAGGAUGCCCACAGGUCACACCCCUUCGUCAGGGAGUAUCAGGCCAAGGAGAACGACUUCGACCGCCUGGUGCUCCAGUAUGCGCCUAGCGCCUGACAGCCUCGGGACGCCCAGGCAGACCCGCACUCCAGCCUGGCCCUCACCCUCACGCGUGCCCUGCACUGCCAAUAAACGUCUGGCUCUGGUG